CGCUCACCUCACCCCUAACUCCUCACCACACUCUUACGCGCGAGCAUCCAAGACCUUGAUCACUCGCUUGGCUACUUCAAUCCUAAGAGGAGAGGAAGAAAGCUGAGAGAGAAACGCAGUGACCAUGGCGGCGCACAACGGAGCGAACAAGCAAGUGGUGGCGCCGAUGGAGGUUUCGGUGGAGGCCGGGAACGCUGGGGACGCCGCGUGGCUGGACGACGACGGGCGUCCCCGACGCACGGGCACGCUGUGGACGGCCAGCUCGCACAUCAUCACCGCCGUCAUCGGCUCCGGCGUGCUCUCGCUCGCCUGGGCCGUCGCGCAGCUCGGCUGGGUGGCAGGCCCCGCCGCCAUGCUCCUCUUCGCCUUGCUCACCUACUACACCGCCACGCUGCUCGCUGAGUGCUACCGCACGGGUGACCCUGCCACCGGGAAGCGCAAUUACACCUACAUGGAAGCCGUCCGGUCCAACCUCGGCGGCGCCAAGGUCGCCUUCUGCGGCGUCAUACAGUACGCCAACCUCGUCGGCGUCGCCAUUGGGUACACCAUCGCGUCGUCCAUCAGCAUGCGGGCCAUCAGGAGGGCCGGCUGCUUCCACACCAACAGCCACGCCGACCCGUGCGAGAGCUCGAGCAACCCGUACAUGAUCCUCUUCGGCGCCGUGCAGAUCCUCUUCUCGCAAAUACCGGACUUCGAUCAGAUUUGGUGGCUUUCCAUCGUUGCCGCCGUCAUGUCCUUCACUUACUCCUCCAUCGGACUCUCCCUCGGCAUCGCGCAGACCAUUUCCAACGGUGGGUUCAAGGGCAGCCUCACCGGCAUCAGCAUCGGCGCUGGCGUCACCUCCACGGAAAAGAUCUGGCGCAGCCUGCAGGCCUUCGGCGACAUCGCCUUCGCCUACUCCUUCUCAAACAUCCUCAUCGAGAUCCAAGACACUAUCAAGGCGCCGCCGCCGUCGGAGGCGAAGGUGAUGAAGAAGGCGACGCUCCUGAGCGUGGCGACGACGACGGUAUUCUACAUGCUGUGCGGUUGCAUGGGGUACGCGGCGUUCGGGGACGCGGCGCCGGACAACCUCCUCACGGGGUUCGGCUUCUACGAGCCCUUUUGGCUGCUGGACGUCGCCAACGUCGCCAUCGUCGUGCACCUCGUCGGCGCCUACCAGGUGUUCUGCCAGCCCAUCUUCGCCUUCGUCGAGCACCGCGCAUCCGCCACGUGGCCGGACAGCACGUUCAUCACACGGGAGCUCCGCGUGGGUCCCUUCGCGCUCAGCGUGUUCCGCCUCACGUGGCGGUCGGCGUUCGUUUGCCUCACCACCGUCGUCGCCAUGCUGCUGCCCUUCUUCGGCAACGUCGUCGGUCUUCUCGGCGCCGUCUCCUUCUGGCCGCUCACCGUCUACUUCCCUGUCGAGAUGUACAUCAGGCAGCGCAAAGUGCCACGCGGCAGCAUGCGGUGGAUCUGCCUCCAGACGCUCAGUGUCAGCUGCCUCGUCAUCUCCAUCGCCGCCGCGGUGGGCUCCAUCGCCGACGUCAUCGACGCUCUCAAGGUGUACCGGCCGUUCAGCGGUUAAUCAACUUGGCAGAACAUGAUAGAUAACCCUAAUGUCAACAGCGAGCAAGUAUACAAAGCAAGCAUAGCAGUUCGCUUGUAAAAAACUACAGAAGGAUGUCUUUUCGCUGCUCGUCAAUUUUUGUUUCAAAUGUCAGUGAAUUCAAUCUUAAUUCUUAAAUUGUUAUUGGAUUAAAUUUUUAAUAAUGAGGAACCUGUGUUGAAGCCUCACCUUCACACUCCAACUA